AUGGGCAAUUGUUGUGGAGGCCAUAAUUUGACUACUGCCAAUUUUUAGAUAGCAACCUACGAUUUGUCAUACUCGGAUCCAUCGAAAAUUGAUUUGGGUCUCUUGAAUCGCAAGGCUUUACAAAUUUAAAAAUCUUAUCGAGGCUAUGUGGUGAGGAAGAAGAUGAAGAAACAGCAGACCAAGGCCUUGGCCUAGACAUGCGACGAAACCUUCAUUUAUUAAUACAGAUCGAAUCAAAAGGAAAAUGUGAAGAACUAACAAAAUGUUUUGAAAUUUAAUAUGGACGGCUAACAGCAUAUACCAGUGUUCAAUGUAAAAGAAGUUAAUAUCAGCUCGAGGUUCACCGACAAAAUAAAAAGUGUUCUUGAUAAGUUGGAUCCAUUCAUUUUCGAUCAGGAUCAUUUAUUUGUUGAGUGUCCAUUCUCCAAACCCUUGUUGAUUGGCGAUGUCAUAUACGAAGGUCAGUGGAAUAAUUGGUAUCAGCUUUUGAAUUAUGCAAGUCAAAAACAUGGGAGAGGAAGGCAAUUUUGGAUUGAUGGCUCAUAUUAUGAGGGGUAUUGGUUCAAUAAUUGUUAACAUGGCAAGGGAAGAUUGCUGUUGGCACAAGGAGAUAUUUAUGAGGGAGAGUGGAAGAAUGAUAAAGUUCAUGGUUUUGGUACUUACAUUCAUCAGAAUGGAGCUAAGUAUCAAGGACAUUGGGAGAAUGACAAAUAGCACGGCAAGGGUAAGGAGUUCUGGCCAGAUGGAGCUACUUUUGAGGGAGAUUACAAGAAUGGAUAGAAGAACGGUGUGGGGAUUUUGAGAGAGGCCGAUGGGUCGGUUUAUGAAGGAGAGUUUUAGGAGAAUAGGUUCGAAGGUCAGGGAGACUAUAAGAUUGUAGGUGGGAAGAGAUACAUCGGGCAGUACAAGAACAAUAAGAUGCAUGGAAAGGGGACUUUUUAUUGGAGUGACGGCAAAAGGUAUGAGGGGGACUAUGUCAAUGGUGUGAAAUAGGGAUAUGGAGUGUUGUAUUACCCAGAUGGGAGAAUCUUCAAAGGAUAUUGGUAGAAUGGAAAGCAGCAUGGGAUCGGUAUCUAUAUUGGGAAAUCAAAGGUUGAAAAGGAAGGAGAGUGGAUAGACGGGAAGCGUGUUAGGUGGAUAAGGAAGGGAGGCGAAGUGGCGAUAAUUGAAUCUUGA